CUGCAGUCUUUCUCAUCUCCAUCUCUUCUCGGCCCUCACCAUGCCGCCGCGCCUCGUCAUCUCCCCACCGCUCCUCAACGCCGCCUGCCCAUGGGCGACAGACCUGUCCUACCUGCUCCCACUAUACGCCUCGCCCUCUACGGGCGCGAUCACGACGCGCACCUCGCUGCUCGACGGCUAUCCGCACGACGACGCGCUCAACACCUUCCUCUUCUUCGACGCGGCGACGCACGACGCCUCCCCCCUCGCCCCCCGCGCCCCGGGCACAUGGGACGCGCGCACCUCCUCACUAAACAGCUUUGGGCUGAGCCCGCUCCCCCUCGCCUCGUAUUUAGACAUGGUGCGCGCGCUCGCGCGCGCCCACCCCGGCUCGCGCAAGCCCAUCAUCCUCUCGGUGACGGGCACGCCUGAGGCCUGCCGCGAGGCCAUUGAACAGGUCGCCGCGCUCGCAAAAGAGGUGUCCCCCCCGCUCGCGGUCGAGCUCAACCUCUCAUGUCCGAACGUGCCCGGACACCCGCCCCCGGCAUACUAUCCCGCUGCGCUCGCCGCAUUCCUCGCCGCCAUACCGGAUACGGAGGUGCCGGUGGGCUUGAAGACGCCGCCGUAUACCCACGCGGACCAGUUCGAGAUGCUCGUGUCCGCGUUGGCGGAGAGCGGGCGCGUGUCGUUCCUUACCUCGACGAACACGCUCGGCGGGUGCGUCGUCAUGGCGGACGACGGGGAGGGGCCGCACCCCGUCCUCCCCGGCGCUUACGGCGGCAUGGCGGGCCCCGCGAUACAUCCCCUCUCGCUCGGCAAUGUGUCGUCGCUCCGCGCGCUUAUUGACAAGCGCGGCCUCGACAUCGACAUUAUCGGCGUCGGCGGUGUCGCGGACGCUCACGGAUACCGGCGUAUGCGGCGGGCCGGGGCUAGCGCCGUCGCGGUUGCUACGGCGCUUGGGAAGCAGGGUCCCGCAGUGUUCGAUAGGAUAUCGGCAGGUCUCGAGCGGGACGCCAAGUUGUAGCACCAUGAGUCGAUGCAUGAUAUGUCGU